AUCCCUCCCUCACCUCCCUCACCUCAAGUAGUCCAGUCUCAAGAACUACUCCUGUAUAAGAAAUCUCAGUUCUUCCCAAAAUACUAUAGCAGUUAGCCCUGUUCAUCUUCAGCUGCGUAUGAAGUUUCGAUUAGCUGACUGAGGUCCCCCACUAACGGAAACGGCACUAGAGCUUGAUAAUGGCGAGCGUGAUGGGACCCUACCUCAAAAUCACUGUGUUGAUAUGGGCGGACGUUCUAGCUGCAUACGCAUUGUGGGUGAUGCAAACAUACCUGACCAACGUUUGGAAGAUGAGUAUCACCAAUGCUGCAGCCAUAGUGAACGUAUUCACAGGGGUCUCAACCUUGUUGCCACUCGCCUUGACUUUCCUCAUGGACACCUUCUUUGGCAAUUUUUGGAUGCUCCUCUUCUCAAGCCUAUCCUAUUGUGUUGGUAUGGGUUUCCUAGCAAUGUCAACCCCUCCGGUCCUAUCGGCGGCUACAGGGACAUGUAAUAACUACGAUCCGGCAUGUAUCGGUGACACUCAAACAGUUCUCUUCUACAUUUCAUUAGUCCUAAUAGCAUUUGGCAUGGCCGGUCACAUCUCUUCAUUAGGGCCAUUCAUCAUGGAUCAAGUACCACCUGAAGCAGGAGGAAAUGUUGAGGCUCCACCAAAUGAGGCUCCCUACGUAUGUUUAGCCAUCUUUGCAAUGGUCCUUGUCCCCAUCAUUGCUGUGUUCGCUCUUCCAUACAUCAAACCUUGGUCAAUUCGUUUUGGGAUUCCAGCCAUUUGUACCCUGGUUUCCACUCUCAUUUUCCUUAGUGGACUCCAUUCUUACAUCUAUGUGGAACCACGUGGGAGCUCUCUCACUCAUAUUUUCCAGGUCUACGUGGCCUCUACUCUCAAGAUUCAUCAUCAUAGACCCAGGGAUGCUGCUCAACUUUACGAGAGGGAUGACCAUGAUGAUGAUUUGGUGCCUCACACAAACCGUUUCAGGUGCUUGGACAAGGCAGCUAUAAUUUUGCCUAAUCAGACUCAGGAGGAACAAGAAAGGAAUAAAUGGAAGCUUUGUAGAGUGACAGAAGUAGAAGAGACCAAGAUUACAAUACGUAUGGUACCUAUAUGGCUAACCUUCAUUGUUUGUGGCAUUGUAAUGGCUGUUGGGAACACUUAUUUUCUUGAGCAGGCAAACCACAUGAAUCAUAAAGUGGGACACCUAAAAGUCCCUAUUCCAAUCCUUCUAGCAUUCUAUGACAUGUCAAAGUCAUAUGCCACCAAGCUUUAUCACAUAAUAUCAAUCACCAUAGGAAAGAGUGGGUUAAAGUAUGUUGCACCAGUUGGAAUUGCAACUGGAAUGCUCUUAUCCAUCUUAUGUUGCAUAACUGCAGCAAAGGUGGAGGCUAGAAGAAUAAAUGUCAUUACCAAACAUGGUUUAUUGGACAAGCCUGAUGAGACAAUCCCCAUGAGCAUCUUCUGGUUGCUUCCACAGUUUCUCUUACUAGGAGCCAUGGAUGGGCUUGCAAGAAAGGGAGUGGAAGGUUUCUUCCAUGAUCAGGUCCCUAAAUCUAUGAGGGCCUAUAUGGUUUUAUUUACAGAGGCUGUGUUUGGAGCAGGAAUCAUUGCUAGUGUUCUUUCAGUCUAUAUAUCGAACAAGGUCAGUAAAAGGGGUGGGAGACAAGGCUGGUUCCAGUACACCCUUAAUAGAAGUCGCCUCGAUAAUUACUACUGGACAUUGGCAGCAUUGAGUGCUAUCAACCUUGUUUUCUUUGCUGUUGUUGCGAGUUGCUACUCCUACAAGGAUGGUGAAAUAGAAGAUGAUGAAGAUGAUUUAUCAGAAGAUGAAGAAACCUCUGCACCCUAUGAUGAUUCAGCCAGUUGUUGUUGUUGUUGAUUAAUAGAUAAGAAGUCGGAUUGAUGCAUUAUCAAGUCAAUGUAUGUUCUACGCUUCCAUUGUUAGUGUGAUCAAAUGGUUAAGCUUAAUUCACACUAAAUUUAAUGCAGCAUGAUCCCUCAAAUAUUUUUCCCUUUUCCCCAA